ACACAACACAGCCACCAGUUGCGCAGCCAAGUGAGGAAGACAACCCACCAGAUUUCUGAGAGAACCAAGAGCAGCACCUGUGCAAGAUGGAGUACCAGGGACAGCAGCAGCACGGCCAGGCGACCAACCGCGUCGAUGAGUACGGUAACCCGGUUGCUGGACACGGCGUAGGCACCGGCAUGGGCGAGCACGGCGGCGUCGGCACCGGGAUGGGCGCGCACGGCGGCGUCGGCACCGGUGCGGCCGCUGGUGGGCAUUUCCAGCCGACGAGGAAGGAGCACAAGGCCGGCGGGAUCCUGCAGCGCUCCGGCAGCUCAAGCUCCAGCUCGUCUGAGGACGAUGGCAUGGGCGGGAGGAGGAAGAAGGGUAUCAAGGAUAAGAUCAAGGAGAAGCUCCCUGGUGGCCACGGUGACCAGCAGCACGCCGCCGGCACCUACGGACAGCAGGGUAUUGGCAUGGCCGGCACCGGCGGCACCUAUGGGCAGCAGGGUCACACUGGGAUGACCGGCACGGGGGCAACUGGCACCAUGGCCACAGGCGGUACCUACGGUCAGCCGGGACACACCGGUAUGACUGGUACUGGGACGCAUGGCACCGACGGCACCGGCGAAAAGAAGGGCAUCAUGGACAAAAUCAAGGAGAAGCUGCCCGGACAGCACUGAGCCCGGCCCGCGGCCCCUACUUGUGAAAGUUAAGAGGUGCCGGUCUACGUACCCACCUCCGCAGAAAAAUAAGAUGAAGAUACAGUAAAACUUCCCGAAAUGAAGUGAGCUUUAGUUCACAUGUGAUAUCUGAGUUCUCGGUUUUGUGGACUUGAAUUUUCUUUUGGUUGAACUUCUUGUAUGGACCCGGGACGUUUUGUGCUCUGAACUUUUAUGUGUGAAUUUUCUUUUGGUUGAACUGUGUAUCUGUUAUGUAUGUAUAUCAUGAUAUAAUUAAUACUACAAUAUAUUUUGCCCUUCUA